AUGGACUAUGUGGCCCAGUCCCCGUGGAUAGCGACCUUGAUUGUAGCAGCAACCACUUACUGUACCCUGAGGUGGGUUCAAUAUUGGCGUUCCUGGGUUAAUGUGCCAGUGGUGGGCCGACGGGGCUUUCUAGGGUCAUGGAUCAGCACAAUCCUCUGGACAUGGGAAGCACGUGGUUGCAUCCAGAAAGGAUACGAAAAGAAUAAGGAUUUUGCGUUCCAGGUCUCUACCCCGAAUGGAUGGGAAGUCUGUAUAUGCAAUGAUGACAUGAUCAAGGAAUACAAGAACUUGAUGGAUGAUCAGAUGUCGGCUCUGGCUGUCACAUCGGAGACCUUUCAAGCCAAGUAUACCCUGCCUGGAGCAGACUGGGAUGCAGUGCACAAACUGGUUCCUCAACCUGCGCUGGCCAAGUCAUUAAUGUGGCUGAGGAAUCGCGCUGCCAACGAUACUGACCCCUAUUUCCCCGACUUUGUGAAGACUUUCCAACGGGCAUUUAAGGAGGAAAUCCAGGUUGAACAAGACGGCCCAUUCGAAUGGCAGUCCUUCCCUUGCUUCCCGCGGUACUCGCGCGUCGUCGCGGCCCUGACGGUCAAAGCGCUUCUCGGAUCGUUGGCAAACAGGCCCGAAUUGAUUGAUCUCUUAUGUGAAUACGCCGAGGUCAUUCCGCUGGAUGGGUUCUUUAUUGCCCUUUUCCCGGCAGUCCUGAAACCGAUCGUAGCGUUCUUCUGCAAGGCUCCUCGACUCUCAGACCGAUUGGUGAAAGUCAUCACAGAAGAAAUUGCUAGGCGAGAAUUGGAGAACAAACACAGGAUCCCUGAGGACAUGACAGAUUGGAUGGCCCAGUGGGUCAAAGACAACCCCGGUUUUUCCAUUGAAUCCGCCGUCGUCCGGGUUAUCGCAACAUUCUUCGGGGGGAUCCAUACCACUACCCAGCUUACGGUUCAUACCCUGCUUGAAAUUGCAACCCGCCCCGAGUACGUGGAUCCCCUGCGACAGGAGAUCACAACUGCCCUCAAAACCCAUGGUGGAUGGACUAAGAGUGCUAUUGAGUCAAUGACCAAGCUCGAUAGCUUUAUCAAGGAGGCUCAAAGAUUCAAUCCUUUGGAUGCAGCAUCGUUGGCACGCCAGACCACUCGGGACUUUCAAUUCUCAAAUGGGUUGAAAUUACCCAGGGGGACUUGGGUGUUCGCACCCAAUGGACCAAUGCUGUUCGACGAGAGUCUGUACCCAGCUGGUAGUCAGUUUGAUGGACUGCGGUUCUGGAAGUUAGCAGAGCAGACCCAGAGGCCUCAUGACUACCGACUAGUCACAGCGAGUUCUAAGUAUCUACAGUUUGGUGAUGGAAGACACACUUGCCCAGGACGCUUCAUGGCAGCUGAUGAAAUCCGACUGAUUGUCGCCCACACCUUAUUUCAUUUUGAUAUUGCCAUCAAGAACCAUGGGCCACGUCCCAGAAAUACAACUUUCAAGAAGAUAUGUUUCCCUGAUAUGACAGCAGAGAUCAUGCUCAGACCCAGAAAACUGCAUGGCUCUGAAGGGAAUUGA